ACCUCGUCGUUACCUUGUAUCUAGAUAUAUAUAUAUAUAUUUUUGGAGGGAACGCAACGAAACAGAAAAUAGCGCGCCAAAGCCGAGGGGUAUAUAAUGCGAAGCAGAACGUAUUGGGAAGAACGAAGAGACCAGUGAAGGAAGCAGCGGGAAAAAAAUGCACCGGCAGAAGACGAUCUUCUCCUUCUUCAACAAGAACGCCACGCCGGAAAAUCCUAAAUCCGGCAAGCCUGCCCCGCCGUUGUGCCCCGGGAAGCCACCGGCGAGUAGCCGAGAGGUCGUGUUCGCUCGAAAUCAUCAGCCGGAGAACCGAUGCUCAGGCGGGUCUUCUUACACGGAGAUACUGAACCGACGCGGCAGAUCGCACUCUCAGUCGGGGUUAGUUGCGGAGGGUUUCAAGUUGGCGGAGAUCGAGGGAAUCGAGACUCCACCGGAAAAGGCAGAGCGCCUGGCCACGGCACGCAGGGAUUUGGACGAUAUAAGGAAGUUCCACAUCAACGACGGUAGCGAAGAUGCGGUUGCCGAGAGUUUGUCCAAUGUACAACCUGUUAGUUAUCACAAGCUCUCCGGCACAAAAGUGGAAAAGAAUAUAGGUUCCAUCGAGCAGCCUUCAAGCAAUCUACAUAAAGCUGCUGCCUCUCGCUUCUUUGGUAACAGCGGCAGUGUUAUUUCUCAUGUAGAAAUCGAACCUAAUACUUUAGGUCCAGAAACACCAUCUACGCGACCUUUUGUUCCUCGCCUAAAGCGAAUCCAAGAUGAAUCUAAGCCGAAGGACAUGUUGAAUUCCCAUCCAUCGGAUUUUUUUAAACGGCAAAAACCCGCUAGAGAAUCCAUGGUCGAAGAAAAAGGGAAGAAAGAAGAAAAGGGAGACUUUGGUACUAAGUAUGAAUGGCUUAACGCUUCUUCCAUAAGGGAUGCUAACGGAAGAAGACCAGGCGAUCCUCUUUAUGACAAAAGGACAUUGCAUAUUCCUCCUGAUGCUCUUAAGAAAAUGUCAACUACACAGAGACAAUACUGGUCACUGAAAAGUCAGUACAUGGACGUAAUAAUUUUCUUUAAAGUGGGAAAAUUUUAUGAGCUUUAUGAGUUAGAUGCAGAUAUUGGGCAUAAAGAGCUUGAAUGGAAAAUAACAGAAAGUGGCGUGGGUAAAUGUAAACAGGUUGGUAUUUCUGAGAGUGGAAUUGAUAGUGCUGUUGAAAAGCUGCUUGCUCGAGGGUAUAAAGUUGGAAGAAUGGAGCAGAUUGAAACUGCUGAACAGGCCAAGACCAGAGGCGGUGCUUCUUCUGUGAUCCAGAGAAAGCUAGUUAACGUCCUCUCUCCAUCUACAAGUGGAAACACUGCUGCCGCUGUGCACCUUCUUGCCCUCAAAGAGGAAAACUUUGAAAGUGGUGGAAUGAAUUCCUCUGUGUAUGGAUUUGCUUUUGUGGAUUUUGCUGCUUUAAUGUUUUGGGUGGGCUCCUUCUGUGAUGAUACCUCUUGCUCAGGCUUGGGUGCAUUGCUCAUGCAUGUGUCUCCUAAGGAAGUGAUAUAUGAAAAUGGAGGACUUACUAAGGACACGCACAAAGCAAUGAAAAAAUAUGCUUCAUGUGGUUCUACUUUGCCACAAAUGAGUGGGGUCCUACCUGGCACUGAUUUCAUGGAUGCUGAUGUAGUUCACAAGCUGAUUCAGACAGAGGAUUACUUUAGUGGAUCCACUAAUCUGUGGAGUUCUGCAUUAGAUGGCAUUGUGCACCAAGAAGUUGCCUUGAGUGCCCUUGGUGCACUUCUUAAACAUCUGUCUAGGUUCAUGUUAAGUGAUGCUUUGCGCAAUGGCGAAUUGUUACCUUAUGAAAUUUACAGAAAUUCACUACGUAUGGAUGGUCAGACUCUUGUAAACCUUGAGAUUUUCAAUAACAAUGCUGAUGGUGGUACAUCAGGGACACUGUACAGCUAUCUUGAUCACUGCAUUACCCCAUUUGGCAAACGACUUCUGAGGAAUUGGAUUUGUCACCCUUUACAGAAUAUUGAAGAAAUUAAUAAGAGGCUUAAUGUGGUAGAGGAGAUGAUGAAUCAUUCAGAAAUUAUGUUAUUGAUUGAACAGCAUUUAUGUAAGCUUUCUGAUCUUGAGCGGCUUUUGGGACAUGUCAAGGCCAACAGUGGGUCAUCUUCCAUGCUAUCUUUUCCUUUUAUUGGGGAAAAAAUUUUGAAGCAAAGAGUGAAAGUAUUUGGAUCUCUUGUUAAAGGACUAAGGACAGGUCUAGACAUGUUAAUACUUGUACGGAAUGAUCAUGGAAGCUUGUCUAUACUAACAUAUCUGGACCUUUUGGUGAAGACUGGAUUUGAGGACCUUGCUGUUCAUCUCCAGCAAAUAGAAACAGCCUUUGAUGACGACUUUCCACAUUAUCAGGACCAUAAUGUGAAUGUCGGAGAUGCUGAAACAUUGGCUGUGCUUGUGGAGCUGUUCACUGAAAAGAUGAAUCAAUGGUCUAAAGUGAUUCAUGCCCUAAGUUGCAUUGAUGUUUUGCGAUCCUUUGCAGUUACAGCAAUUUCAUCAAGUGGUUCCAUCUGCAGACCACUAUUUGUCUCAGUAGAUAGUUCUCCAAUCUUGAAAAAUGGAAAUGCUGGCCCUAUACUUAGGUUAAAACAUCUAUGGCAUCCUUAUGCUACUCUGGAGAAUGGUGACAGUGUUGUCCCAAACGACAUACUUCUUGGUCAGGAUGCAGUAGAGCACCAUCCUUGUGGCCUUUUAUUGACUGGACCAAACAUGGGUGGCAAGUCUACCCUACUACGUGCUACUUGUCUAGCCAUUUUACUUUCACAGCUUGGGUGCUAUGUCCCUUGUGAAACAUGUGUCUUAUCACCUGUUGAUGUUAUCUUCACACGCCUUGGUGCAACUGAUCGUAUAAUCUCUGGCGAGAGCACCUUUUUUAUUGAAUGUGCAGAGACUGCAUCAAUUUUGAAGUAUGCUACUCAGAAUUCCCUUGUCAUUCUUGAUGAACUAGGACGUGGAACUUCUACAUUUGAUGGCUAUGCUAUUGCUUAUGCCGUUCUCAGGCAUAUGGUCGAGAAAGUGCGCUGCAGAUUGCUGUUCGCCACACAUUAUCACCCUCUCACAAAAGAGUUUGCUUCCCAUCCAUGCGUCUCCUUGCAGCAUAUGGCCUGCAUGUUCAAGACGAAAGCUGCAGCCUUACCUGGUUCGUCUUCUGAUACUGGCAGUAAGGAGCUUGUUUUUCUAUACAAGCUAGCAUCAGGAGCAUGUCCAGAGAGUUAUGGCAUGGAGGUCGCACACAUGGCUGGGGUCCCAAUGCCGGUGAUCGAAGCAGCACGCGGUGCUAGUCAAGUUAUGAAGUCAUGGGUAAGCAAGAGCUUUGAGUCGAGUGAAGGAAGGUCAAAAUUUUCAACUCUCCAUGAGGAUUGGCUGAAAAGCUUGUUAGGGAUCUCGAAAAUUAGAAACGUUUCUGAUGAUGAUAUCGACGCGUUGCUGUGCCUGUGGCACGAGAUGAAGAGUUGCUACAAAUGAAAAACAGGGAAAUUUUUGACCUGAGAAAGGUGUAUAAAAAAUGUAUAGAUGGUUUUAAAAUCAUAGGAAAAAAUGCAUACUUUGAAGCGUAUGCGGGGAAGGAAGAUCUCUUCAUACGCCUUUUUUUUA